UUAAUGCUCACAUCAAUUCUGAGAAGAAAUUGUUGUUCUCGUUUUAUAUGAGAAAAGAGACUCGGGGAGGUCUCCUAAUAUCAACACAAACUUCCAGUGUCAAAAUACACGCUAAAAUUCAGUGUUGCCUAAUAAUAAGAAUACAUAUCAGGGGGCCAGGGAUUUAGCUCAGUGGUUUCGCCGCCUGCUGCGCAAGCCCAAGGACCCGAGUUCGAUCCCUGGUACAAAAAAAAAAAAAAGAAUACAUAUUAGAUACUAUUUUCCACAUAGCAAACAUUUAAAAGCGUGAGGCCUCAGGGUUCAGGCUGAUUCCAAGGGUCGCAGGUCAGAGCAGGGUGGACAGAGGCGCUCAGCACGGCAGGAACGGCGCGAACGUGGCGGGCGCCCCCUGGAGGCCGUGCGCAUUCCUCCGCGCAGUGGCGCGCUUGCAUCCUCGGCUCAAAGCGCUUGGCUCCAGCAGGGAUGGAGCUGUCUGCGGCGGACCAGGCAGCGGUGCGCGCACUGUGGAAGAAGAUGGGUACCAACGUCGGCGUCUAUGCGACCGAGGCCCUGGAGAGGACCUUUCUGGCCUUCCCCUCCACCAAGACCUACUUCCCACACUGGAACCUGAGCAUCGGCUCCGCCCAAGUCAAAGCCCUCGGCCAGAAGGUGGCCGACGCGCUGACCCUCGCCGUGGACCAGCUGUACGACCUGCCGGGAGCACUGUCAGCUCUGAGUGACCUGCACGCACACAAGCUUCGCGUAGACCCGGCCAACUUCCACCUCCUGGGCCACUGUCUCCUGGUGACCCUCGCCCGGCACUACCCUGGAGACUUCAGCCCUGCUAUGCAGGCGUCACUGGACAAGUUUCUGAGCCUCGUGACUUCAGCCCUGACCUCCAAGUACAGCUGAACUGGGUGUGGGUGCUCAUGGGUCCCGUCUCCUCCCAGCGUUCGAGUAAAGUUCCCCAGAGCCCUGUA